AUGGAAAAUGCAGUUGUUAUGGAAAAUAGUAUAUCUGGGUCGGAACUCGAUGACGACAUAAUGCGUGUAGGAUCCGACACUGAAACUGAACUUAGAAAUUACAAAAGGUUACCAUUAGGAGUACAAUCGUUUACAGAUUUGAAAUUUAAUGACUGGAUUGUCGGCGAUUUUACGAAUUCUGAAGAAUCCAAACAGUGUUCAUCCAAAAACACACUUUUUAUUGGUAAUAUUAUGAAUGUGAAAGAGGAAAAAGUAUAUGCAACAUUUUUAAAAUAUUGUCCAACAAAAGUUGAUUCAGGCAAAAUUUUUAUGUAUCCUGAACCUGUUGAUUUGUGUUGGUUAGAAAAAAAGAAUGUUCUGGGAGUUGUAAAGCCGCCAAUAGUUCUAAGAAGAGGCCAAUUAAAAUUUAAUGUAGACUUUAAUGCAUGGUAA